CCGGUGUUCGCCCUGCCUCGGGCUGGAGCUCCCCGCGGGACGCCUGGUGGCUGCGCGGCCCGGCUGCCGGGGCGGGCUGAGCCGCGGCGUCCUGCGAGGCUGAGCGAGUGGGCACGGGGCUAGAAGCCGUACCGCGGCGUUACUGCCCUCCCUGGCCUGCACCGCUCAGCAGGUGCUAGGUAUUCUGCCUGGUGAAGAAGCAGCGCGUAGGCGAUGCUGGUGCGCUGGCGGCAGCCCGCCUGGAGCUGCCGGGGCUCGGGCUGUCGGGGUGCGGCAGCAUCAGGCGCGGAGGCUUUGUGAGGUCCCCAACAGCUUUUGUGGAAAGCGGCGACUGCAGAGAGAGGCUUAUUGAACUCCUGAAAGGGUUCUAAGUUUGGAAUUAAAUAAGGAUAGAGAUGUGGAAAGAAUACAUGGCAGUGGUGUCAACACCCUUGAUAUUGAACCAGUUGAAGGAAGAUACAUGUUAUCCGGUGGGUCAGAUGGUGUUAUCGUACUUUAUGACCUUGAAAACUUGAGCAGAAAACCAAAUUACACAUGUAAAGCUCUUUGUUCUGUGGGAAGGAGCCAUCCUGAUGUACACAAAUUCAGUGUGGAGACAGUUCAGUGGUAUCCUCAUGACACUGGCAUGUUUACAUCAAGCUCAUUUGACAAAACCUUGAAAAUAUGGGAUACAAAUACUUUACAACCUGCAGAUGUAUUUCACUUUGAAGGAACAGUCUAUAGCCAUCAUAUGUCUCCAGUUGCUACAAAGCAUUGUUUAAUAGCAGUUGGUACCAGAAGCCCCAAAGUACAGCUUUGUGACUUGAAGUCUGGAUCCUGUUCUCACAUUCUCCAGGGUCACAGGCAAGAAGUACUGGCAGUGUCUUGGUCCCCACGUCAUGAGUACAUUUUGGCAACGGCAAGUGCUGACAGUAGAGUAAAACUAUGGGAUGUGAGGAGAGCAUCUGGAUGUCUGACUACACUUGAUCAGCACAAUGGAGAAAAGUCCAAAGCAUCUUCUGAGGCAGCAAACACUGCUCACAAUGGGAGAGUUAAUGGUUUAUGCUAUACAAGUGAUGGGCUUCACCUGUUGACUGUUGGUACAGAUGAUCGGAUGCGACUCUGGAGCAGCUCCACGGGCGAAAACACAUUAGUGAAUUAUGGAAAAGUCUGUAAUGAAAGUAGGAAAGGACUCAAAUUCACUAUCUCUUGUGGCUGCAGUCCAGAGUUUGCCUUUGUACCAUAUGGUAGUACCAUUGCUGUUUAUACAGUUUUCACAGGAGAACUGAUAACUAUGCUUAGAGGACAUUAUAAUACAGUUGACUGCUGUGUAUUUCAACCUUUUUUUCAGGAACUUUACAGUGGUAGCAAAGAUUGCAAUAUCCUUGCAUGGAUACCAGCUCUUCGAGAGCCAGUUCCUGAUGACAUUUCUGAAAAGUCUCAACAGCAUUUAAAUCCAGCAUAUGAAGACGCAUGGAGCAGCAGUGAUGAUGAAGGCUGAAUUUCAGUUAUGUGCUGAUAUAAAACUGAUAUUCAAGCACUGUGUUCAUGGACUUCACCCACAGAAUUGGAUAUUGUUAGAUUUAUUAUGACUGGAUUUUUGGUACAGUUCUGUUAGAGCAAAGUUUUUCAGAAAUAAGUUUUCACUGUUUUCUGUGUUAUUUCUUCACUGUUAAAUGUAAAGGAUUACUUCUUCAUACUUACUGACUUUUAUACUUGACUUUAUGUAUUGGUAUACUUCAUUCAGUGUUGAACAGCUGAUAAAGGAAAAAUAAAAGCUCUUGGGACCAGUUAAUAUUGCAUUGUUUCUGGUAUCACUAAUACAUAAGGAGAUAAUCCCUGUGUUUCCAAGACAUGAUACACAAGAUUUUGAAUGAAGGAGGGCUAGCUCAGGGAUACUUACAGCUUAGUUUUAUCAUUGCCUAGAUGGAGCAGACUGUGUCGGUUUUCAAGUGCUUAUGUGCUGUGGAAGUCAAUGGGAUUUUGUGCCUGUUCUUUUGCAUUUUCAAUUUUGCUUGUUUCUCUAUGAAUGUAGUGUUCAGCUCAGAGGUAUAGCUAGGAUCAUCUAUUCAAGUAUUUGCAUAGUGAUGCCGUCAACUAGUAUCUGAAUCUGUCUUAGAAGAUUAAGAAUAGAAAAUAGUUUAAUCUGAAUUUUUGUUGCUCCUGUUAGCAGGUUUUUAAGAUCAGUCUUGUAUGUAUGAAUCUCUCACUUCCCUAGCCAGUGUGAAGUAUUAUUGUACAGAAACAGGCUUGAGGUACCACACAAGGCAGACGGUGGAUCAUGUUUCAAGUUAGAAAUAUCAAGUAUACUCCUUUAAGCUGUUUUCAUCUGAAUUUGUGGUGUUAAUGCCUGCUUUGUUUUGAAAGGGAGGAGAUUUGUGGGGUUAUCCUGUCUCAAUCACUAGUUUAGGCUUCAGACAUAGUGUAGCCAACCAUUCUGAGAGCUGAGCUACAGGUUCUCUUCUGAUGUAGAUGCAGAUCCUUGCAAAACAGAGCAGGUACUAGAACCACAAAUUUCAAUGAAAGGAAAAAGGUACAAAUAAAUGAAAGAUAAAAAUUUAAUCUUUCUAUGGUGUGCAUUAUUUCUGUGAUUAGUAUGCAUUUUAGAAUUCAUUCACUGUGCUUUGAUACUUUAAUAUCUGUACAAGAUACAGGCUGUCACUUUUUAUACCAAUGCAGAGUCAUGCAGAGUGGGCAUAUCAAGAGAAUGUUAUAAGUAAACAAGCUUCAUAUGUAGUGCACAUUUACUGGGAGAGACCCAAAAGUUAAAGUGCACUAUCAGCUGAAGUUAAGGACCAGCCUCACACUCUCACUUUACGGGAACAGAGAAGUGAAUUUUCUAUUUUUUUGAAAUUAUAUUUUUCAUUAGCAAUGGUGGCAGUUCCCUCUAAAACUGGAAAAACUAGGGAACAAAUUUGAAGAAAGAUUACACAUUUGUAUUAUUAUCUUGAAGAGGAUAACUUUUGCAAGUUACAAUUGUUUGUAUAUGCCAACUGUGCUGCAAGGAAUUUCUAAAAAUGUGCUCAGUAUACCAUAGAGCUAGUUAUUAAAGAAUAAAUGCCUUUUUAAAAUCCA